AUGGCUCGCUUCAACCUUUCUUUCCUCGCUGUGUUCUUGGUCCUUGCCGCUUUUGCUAUGUCACUCCCCACCAAGCGUGAUGGGCAGACCCCCAGUGCGGACUUGGGACUUGAUAAGACUCUCGAUGAGCUCAAGUCUGCCACCAGAAUAAUGAACGGCCUUGAUCAGAAGGACACCAACGACCAGAUGAACGACAUUGAGCACCACCCUACUGUCAACAAAGAUUCCGACAAUGGAAAAAAGGAGACAGAGGAGAAGAAGGUGGAAACACCCGAGGCGACCAAGACGGAGAAGAAGCUCACCUCUGGCACCUUCGUGACAGCGGCUCCCACCACCCAUCACGCUACCUCUGUGCCCAACGGCCUGGGCAAGCUUCCCAUUGUCGGCGGCCUACUUGGCGGUACUAAAGGUCUUUGA